GGAGGGUGGGGCUGGGCGGUGCGCCGUGCCUGCGCUCCUCGCCGCCUCUUCCCGCCGCCCGCCGCAGUGGUCGGGCGCGUGUGCGCGGCGCCGUGACCCGCCCCGCCGCCGCCCCACCCGGCACCGGCCCUACCGGCACCCCCGAACGGGCUCGCAAGCCCCUGUCUCCAGCCCCCCGCCGCCAUGGCCGACGAGCUCGACUUCACCACGGGCGAUGCCGGCGCCUCGUUCACGUACCCUAUGCAGUGCUCGGCGCUGCGGAAGAACGGCUUUGUGGUGCUCAAGGGCCGCCCCUGUAAGAUCGUAGAGAUGUCCACUUCCAAGACGGGCAAGCACGGCCACGCCAAGGUGCAUUUGGUUGGUAUUGAUAUCUUCACUGGUAAAAAAUAUGAAGAUAUUUGCCCAUCAACUCAUAACAUGGAUGUUCCAAAUAUCAAGAGGAAUGAUUACCAGCUGAUAGGUAUUCAGGAUGGGUAUCUCUCCCUGCUGACAGAAAGUGGUGAAGUUCGUGAAGAUCUAAAGUUGCCAGAAGGGGAUCUUGGCAAAGAAAUAGAAGGAAAAUUCAAUGCCAAUGAAGAUGUGCAGGCAAGUAUAGAUGGCAGACAGGACACGUUAUGGUUAAUUCUGCCUGAGAAGUCAUACUUUGAUAUUGACCACUUGUAUCUCUGUGAAGGGUGGGUAGAGAAGCAGGGAAAUUGGUUCUUCGAGAUGCAGAAGGACUUUUUUGUACUGGUGCACUCAGUAUGGCACUGAAGCCUGGCCCAGUUGUCAGUAAGACAAUAGGUGUAGCUCUGAAAUAUCUAGAUAAAUCCUAACAGUCCUGACCACACAGUGUGGAUUGGAGCCUCCAGGCUUUCUUAAUUGCUGACAGGUAUAGAGUUUUGUGACAUAGUCUGGGUAGUCUAAUUUGCUGUUAGCAAACCUGUCUGCAGGUAGCUCUGCAGACUACAGUCUGUGCUGGACCACACCUAGUCACUGUCUAGGCUCUGUUGCAGGAGCUUGUUUCUCUUCCUCUGUGGUAUGAACCUCAAGCUGCUGGCCAAGGCAACAUGGCAAAGGGAAGGCAGUAGAAGAGCAAAUUGGUAGGAAGGGCAGGUACUGUGGAUAUCUUUCUAAUGGCUGAAUUUUUACCAGCUUCAGCUUCUGUUUUUCUUGAGAGAUGGGACAGAUGUUAAAAUAUGAAAAUCUGUAACUUCCUCUGGCAGAGGUUGGAGCUUACUUACUUACCUUGUCUUUUCUUUCAGAUAUCUGUCAUAAGUGCAAUGAAUGAAGAAUGUGCUGUAGCCAUAAAGCCUUGCAAAUAAAGAGGAUCACCAGGCUCGGGCAGCUGCUCAGGUCUGGACAAACCACAGAUCUAUAAAUUUGGUUCCUAUUGUCACCAAAGCUCUGGCCUUCACAAGCAACCUCAUUUCUUUUUUGAAUUGUUAAAAAGCAGUGCUGGAUUCUGGAUUAGUGUUGCAGGCUAACUGGCAGUUUUCAAAAUCACUGAGAUUUUAAUUCCUUAAUCGUAACUAUUUUAACAUUCCUGUGGGUUUCAGCUAUGGAUCUGAGAAACCAAUCAGGUGUUACUAGUGAAUAUAUUUUUAUUUGCUUGAGCAAAACAGUGUUUGUCUGUAUGAACAGACAAAAUACAGUAUUCAGGGGCUUUUAGAUAAGCUGGUAGGUAUCUAGGAUUAUAAAGUGACCUAGAGCACAAAUAGUAUUUUUCUUGACAUGUUUAGGUAGAACUGACAAUAAAACAAUAAAAGUAGCUUUUUUUUUUUUUUUUUAAUGCUUAAGUAUUUUGUGGAUUGGGACUCUUGCAGAACUGUAGGUGCCAAUCGCAACUUUUAGACCAAGAAACUCAAGUGAUCAAAAAUGCCAGCUGGCUUGACCAAGCCCCAGUGGCCAUGUGCAACUUAACUGUAUUACCUCUGUUUUCUUCUUUGCCAACUUGUUGGCUUAUUUUGAUGAUAAAAUGGUGUCAAAAGCCUACCUGUGGUUUAGGCAGGCAGUUGGAAUAUUGGGUAGAUGAGACAUAGAUAGGUCAAGGGGACACAAAGGUGAGAACGGAUGUUAAAGCUAUAGACUUUCACUCGAGGCCUUUGUCAGACUUGAAAAAAAUAGUUCAAUUGCUUUCCUUUAUUUUAUUUAUCUUAAACUAUGAAAGGGUGACAAGCUCCACGGAAAUCUGUUGCAGUGCUUCCAGCUUUAGAUUUUAAUCUUCAGGUGUAGACCAUAUUUUUGUAGCACAGGGACCACGGGUUUUCUCAAAAAGUGGGACAAACUGUAGCAUCGAGCCUAAACUAAAUGCAUGUGAUUCUUUUUAAAAAAUAAAACUAUGGUAUUUUCAAACUAUAGACUUGACAGACAAUACUGAACAACCAUGGCUUAACUAUAAAAGUAAGUAAAUUGCUACAUAGUUAUGAAAGCUAGCUCCCAUCCAGGGGCGUUAUGAGUCACUGAAACAUGCAUGCAUGCCUCUAGUUAGUAGCUUAAUGGGCAAACACAAGGCUUCAUAGCAAUAGUUAAUGGAAGGAUAACUAGUGUUCCUGUUUAAGGCGUUCAACUUGAAUUCUAAAACUUGGUGACUCUUCAUGAGUGGGAAACUCUUAGCCUGUGGUUCAGACCUCUCUUCACAGUUGAUAAAAUUGCUUCAUGAGCUUGCCUUAAGCUUCAGUGGCUGUUGGCUGAUUGAGGAUAACUUUUAAGCAUGUAGCAUUCUGCCCUGGAUACAUGCUCCAUUCACAGUGGGCCGUGAAAGUCAGAGGUCAUACUCCUGUGAACUGUUUAAAAUGUUUUCAGCUUAAUAGUAUAUACUCCUUAAUCCCCAGAGGGCUCAUGGCAACUGUCCUGAACUGCCCUUGUACAUACUAUGGCAGGGCUUAGCAAAUCUUGGGGGCCUAAUGUAUAUGGUGAAAACAUGUGUUUUCUACAGGCUUCUUGUGACAGGGAGAGCAGUACCAGUGAAGGUAAAGACAGCAAUAAAUAUACUCUGGUAAUAAAGCACAGUUACCUGGAACACCUGACAGAAGUAAGAGACUGCCACAUGCUCUUGCCUAGCACAAUGCACAUUGCAGGUGAACUUUAUAAAAACGCCUGGAUUGAAAUGGCAAAACUGCUUUAAAAAAACACCUGUAGACACAAGAGAUUGAGAUGCAUUCAGAAUAGUUUUGACAUGCAUGCUGAAUAGUUCAAGCUAGUCUGCACUGUGCUCCUUUGUUUCUCCAUUGAAAAGGUACCUGAAAGACAGGCUCUGUGGGCUUUGGAGGUGAUGGUGAAACCAUUGAUGGUAUUGACAGCAAGGUGAGCUGUGUGGGAAGUCAUAGGUUGCUAUGGCAAACUAAUGCAAGUUCUAAUGCUAUCACUGUAUUACAAGUACUUACAAUAUGCUUGAAAACUGCAAGACUCUGAUUUGUCCGUGUUCUGGUAGUGCUUUAGUUUACUUUCAGGUGCCUGUCUGUCCUCUAAAACCUUGUUGGAAGACAGGUAUUUGAUGCCACUGGCCCACAGUCUGAGCAUUUACUUAACUUGCGAGCUCUCCAGGACAAAGGCUGGAUUUUGUCCUGUUCCUACAAGUGGGGUUCUGGUCUCACUGGAGUUUACAGGUACUACAGCUAUCUAAAGAUAAAGGUUUUAUGACCUCCAGCUUGCUGGAAGAGCCUUCCUUGGGACUUACAGAUGUCCUUCUAUUGCAACCUUCAGUUCUGCAAGAUUUAAAUGAUUAAGUACUUCAUUAUAGGUUUGUUCUUAUAUACUUAGUUGUCUUUUGUGAAGCACUUCGAACACUAUGGAAGUGCAGAGCAUUUGCUUGUCAUGCAUGAAGUUUCCCAUAGUUAAUAAUACAUAAGCAUGAGUUAAGCAUAAUCGCAAAGUUUCAGUAAGGUUAAAAGUUGCUUCUAAAUUAGAACAUGUAUUUGAGGCAUUUUUUUCCAGAGUAAGAUGUUUCAGUUUACUGUCAGAAUUGUUUGCAACAAACUUUGUGAUCAGUAGUUCAUAUAGAUGCGUAUUUUUAAGAUCCCUAACCAAAUGCUUAGGGAAGUUCUCCUUUCAUAGCUUUACUUUAAAACAAAUCUUACUGAUGUACUUGUUCUGUAGUACUGUCUUAACACUUAAAUUGUGUCAAAACUGAAAACUAUAAUCUUCUAAAACCUGAUGGCAAUUGCUUAGAGUAAAGACUGUGAAACCUAGGAGGUAAAGAAAACUAUUCCCAGUUCAAAUAAUGCAUUUUUUUAAUGGCUCCAAUUCACUGAGUUUCUCCUACUAAUUUACAGAAUUGGGAAAACCACAGUGUUUCCUGCCUCAAGUGUUGGCAAGUAAUACAUUAAGAUUUCAAUAGAUCCUUCUAAUUUUUGCUUAUAAUGGUGGUUUUUCAACUAGGCUCUUGCUAGUUGAGCCAUGUUCUCAGGGCUGUUCUUUUUUUUAAGAAGUUAGCUGAAUUUUGUUUUGACGUAACUGCUUUCAAGCCUCUUGCAGGUUUUUCUAAUCCACAGUGUAUACAGAAAUGGUGCACGAUCUGUAGUUUCAAAAUACAGGUGAUUUUGCAUAAUCUGUAAAGAAUUCAAACUUGUUGACAGUUCAGACUCUUAUGGUUACUGCAGGUCAGUCUCACAGAAUUCAGAAUUCAAUAAAUCCCACUUUUUUUUUGGUUGAGUAAUUAGAAUGUAGUUUGUUACAGUAGAACUAAACUUCAGGAGAAAAGGACCUUGUUAAGGAUAUUUCAAGUAUCUCGCUUAUACACAGAGAAUGUUAACGAAGGUGUUGAUCCUGGAGGUGUUGUAGUGGGAGCAUGGUGGAGCAUUCUGCAGUCUGGUGUGGGCAUGCCAAGAUGGGCAGAGGCCUCUCCAGCACCUACAGUCUGGCCCUACAGUAUUUGGCAUCUGAGAGUAACUUGGUUUGUGAGUUGAAACCCGAAUGUUUGCUGUGUAUUGCUGUAUCGCAGAAAACCCCUGCUGUCCUGUGCUGUAUAUUUAAGCGUUAUUGUUUGGUGUGGCUUUCAGAACUCUGGGGAAAGAGGAAUGAUGGUGAUGACUGCUUUUCCUGGUGAUGGUGAAAACCAAGCCCUGUAACUGGUGUGAGCCGGGAGCAGCAGCCCUGGUGGUUCAAAUGUGUGUGUGUUUUGGAAGCUGUAUUGUUUUCAACACCAUGCCAAUGAUCAGGGGAAAGAUGUAUGUACACUGUUUUGCUCCAGAACUAAUAAAGAUGUCAGUGCUGCGGGGA